AUGGCGCCUUCGCGAAUUGAGCUAUCGACAGCCUCGAGAAGGAAGGCCACAACAGGGUCGACAUUGGCCACAACGCCGUCGCGACCCCCAGCAAAAGUAUCGAUGGCAUCUAUAUCGAGCCGCCACACAGCACAACCUGCAGCAUCACCAUCACCUUCAACCAGCACAUUCACACUACCCGAGCUCAACGCAGAUGGCUCCCUGGUCCACCCUCUCCCUCCAAACUUCUACAGCAACGGCGGUAGCAGGGUACAUGGAGCCGGUGACGAUGACGACGAUGAUGACGCAAACGUGUCUACAGAUGGAUCCUCAAUGUCACGGACGCAGCCAGGCGAGAUCGAUUUCCGAGCGCUAGCACGCAAGCAUGAAGGUUUCGCGAAGGUCUUGAAGAAGAACGGGCAGGUUGAUUUCGCGGAUCCGGAGAGCGUGAAGCAGCUCACGCUCGCCCUGGCCCUCACGAACCACGCAUUGGACCUCCACCUCCCACCCGACCGUCUGUGCCCGCCUAUCCCAAAUCGCUUCAACUAUAUCCUCUUUCUUGAGCGACUGCUCGCUGCCUCGCGCCCGCUUACCGCCACGCAGUACCUCAACACUUCCAACGGCAACACCACGUCAGCUGAGGAGGUUGACGAGGACGAGGACGAUAUCAGAGGUGUCGACAUCGGCACAGGCGCCUCCGCAAUCUAUCCACUGCUCGCACUCCGCCAGCACGGGAACUGGCGGAUGCUGGCGACAGAGCUUGAUUCAGAAAGUUUGGCGUGUGCACGUGACAACGUGAGGACAAACGGGCUGGCAGCACGAUGCACCGUUAUUGAAACGCAGCCUCCUAUCGCCGGUAAUUCAGACGAAGGUGAUGCUCCGGAGGACGAUGAGAAUACCAGCAGCAGCGCUCAGAGGCAGUACCUCUUCCCCUACCACCAGCUCCUCCGCCUGACUGGACCCCAGAGCGAGAGUGACUUCCCCAUUAAGAUCGACUUCACGAUGACGAAUCCGCCUUUCUACGUCUCGCAGCAAGAAAUGCUUACCUCCGCGGCACUGAAGAAGCGCCCGCCGAAUUCGGCUUGCACGGGUGCGGCCGUGGAGAUGGUGUAUGCUGAUGGGGGGGAGGUUGGAUUUGUGAGACGGCUUGUUGAGGAGAGUUCGCUGCUUCAUCGUCAGAGGAGGGGAGGUAGGAGGGUGAGGGUGCAGUGGUGGACGAGCACAUUGGGGAAGCUGUCGUCUGUCAGUGCUGUUGUUGAGAUUUUACGAGAACUGAGCGCGGGCGUCAUUGAAGGAGAUGGAAAGCAGAAGCAGAAGAACAACGUCAAGGGCAAGGCGCUGAACUACGUCGUCGCAGAGUUCCGGCAAGGCAGCAAAACGAAGCGCUGGGCUGUUGGGUGGAGCUGGGAGGGGUGGCGAUAUGCACAACCUCCCGUUGCAGGGCAGACGGACAUCGGCAAUGAAGCGCGUAGAACGGGUGCAGCAGACGCAGACGUGGAGAUGGGCGAUGGAGAUGCAAAUGGCAGCAGCAUCUUCAGCGGCAACAACAAACACCCAGAGCUAGUCUUCCGCAUCGCCGUCGUUCCCACGACCUCUACCACAACGGAAGGUGCGGAUUAUCCGCAAGAGGCGGCUAUCAUCGCGGACUGGCUCUUCGGAUUCGACGCAGUGCUGUAUGAAAGCUUUUGCGGGUGGUUGCGCCGAAGGGUGCGGGAGACGCUUGAACAAACCUGA